GUUGUUCAUAAAUAAUGACGUUAGGACCUUUGAUUCUAAUGGCAUUGUGUACUUUUGAGACUAUAAGGUCUAAACUACAAGGAUUUUGCUAAAGUAGGAUAAUGGGCUUUUGCAGGUAACAUAUUAUGCGGGGCUGUUUGUACGAAUCGUUUCGAGAAAUCCACCUACUGUUUUGAAAAUGUUAACGAUUAUUUGUAUUAUUAUUAAAUGUAACAAAGCAACUAAGAACAGUAAUCACUCUAAAUCGUAUUCAAAAGUAGGCGUGUUGAAAAUACGUAGGCAGACAUAGAGGAGAAGGGGAGGAGAGACCAGCGGAAGAGGAAAACCGCCAUCUUCGUGAGGUCUUCAUUCGUGCCUGCUGGCCUAUCCCUGUGUGUUCCCAAAUGCCGAGACACUGUUCUGCUGGUGGUUGCAAGUCCCGUGACACCAGAGAUUCCCGCAAGGCCGGCAUUACUUUCCACAGGUUACCGAAAAGAGAAAAUCCCCGGCGAGGCCUUUGGAUCAUCAACUCGCGCCGCACAGACCCUCAGGGCCAGGGUCUGUGGGACCCCCAGAGUGACUUCAUCUAUUUCUGCUCCAAGCACUUCACCCCAGGGAGCUUUGAGCUUUCGGGAGUCAGUGGUUAUCGGAGGUUGAAAGAUGAUGCAUUGCCCACAGUCUUUGAGUCCUUCACCGGCCAGAAGGGAAGAGCAGCGAAAAAGACCACGCGAGGCAAGGGCAAGCAAGCAGACACAGGCAAACCAGCCAGGACAAAAGCCAGCACUUUGAAGGAGGCUUCAGACAGACAUGAUGUCCAGCAGACAGCUACAGAUACUGAGAAUGUGACUGGUGGAGAAACAAGCCACACAUCAGAGGCAGCCAAUGGAGAAGCAAACAAUCAACAGGGGGUGGGCUCUGGGUCUACUCCUCAGGUCUCAUCAGAAACCCCCGUUACUCCCCUGCAAACCCACCAAUCAGCAUGCGACACGGCAUCAGACCAGCCAUCAUCUCCCAGGCCUACAUCCCCAUCCCGCUACAUGAGGCGGCUUCCGCCUCCUCCAGGCUUCUACCUGCCUAGAGAGCACAGCUACGCUCAGCUCUGCCCCCUGGUGUGGAGAAAGCGGUAUGACAGGGCCAUCGACAACCUGGAGAAGGCGCUCCGCUUGCUGAGCGCUGCUCGGCGGCGGGAGAGCCGUUUGCGGCAUGCAGUCGUGCGUCUGCGGGAGAGCCGGCUCAGGAGCAAACUGUUCCGCCUGCGAGAGGGAGGGGGCCGUGGGAAAGAGGGCCGGGGAGGCCGGGGGAGGUCCCUGUCCUGGUCCGCCCAGCGAGGAGGAGGAGGAGGAGGAGGAGGAGGAGGAGGAGGAGGAGGUGGGGGAGGUGGGGAGCCAGUUAAGCCCGGGGGGGGAGCCUGUUUUGGGAGUAUGGAUGACAGUGAGUUGGAAGGGGCUGUAGAGGACCUGGAUGUACUAGGUGAGGAGGCAGGAGGGUGGAGGGGUCAGGGCCGGAUGAGAGGUGCAGGGGAGGAGGAAGACGGGUGCUGUUUUUACUGUGGACGAGGGAGGGAUAGCGAGGGGCCCAGAGAGGGGGCCCAGAGAACUGUGGAAGGAGACGUUGGGGGAGAUGAGAGGGAGGGUGAAGGCAGACGAGGAAGACGAGGCGCCAAGCAGGGCAGAGCCAGGAAACCCGGGGAGACCAGGGGGGAUGUCAGAGACGCUUCAAAGGAAUGCUACUUCUACUACUACCAAACUUCCGAGACGGAGGAAGACAUGGCGGAAGCUAGAGUGGAUAUCCAUGGCAACCUGCUGCGACCGCUCCCUGUCGCGCACCAGCAAGCCGAGAGCUGCGUGCAGGUGCAACCUCUGGCGGGGGCGCCUUUUCCUACCGUCACACUACAGGACUCCACCAGCACCCCAUUCCAGCUCAUCCAGUCCAGCUCCUCCGUGCCGCAGAGGCUGCUCCUCACAGAUCUGGUGUCCAGCGAGGGAACUCUGGUGGGGGGGCAACAGGAGUCGGACCAACAGCAGUACUGGGUACAGGAGACGACGGAGGGCAGCGUGUUACUGAUUCCGGUGCCUUCUGCUGAGGGCAAAGGCACGGUCACUGUCAGGGGUGUUUCUGAGGACAUGGACACCCAGACGAUAUUUGUGUCAGAUGUGGGAUUUCACAGUAACCCAACGGAGGACAGGGAGGGGCUAAGAGCCGAGGGUGACACUAUUGUCCUGAGGUGUAGUGGGCCAAGUGACAGACAGGGCAGCCUCCAAUCAAAUGUCAAAGGUGCAGUCCUAAGUGGAGAUGUGAAGGAGAAGUUAAAAGAACAUUUAGAGGGUUUUCAGCUUCAGUUAAGCGAUGAAUUAAUGGACUAAAGAGUUUGUGGACAAAUGUAUCUGUGGAUAUCUAUUGAAGUACUGUGAAUGAAAGAUUUUGUUUUUUUACACUCUAUGACUGAUAGAUCUAUCUAUGACCUUAAUGAAACAGUUGAUGUUUGAAAGGAAGGCCGAGGGACUUUCAAGAACCACUGUUCUAAUAUGUGUACAUUUCAUUGAGUUGGUGCCUUUAAUGAAAACUGAAUGGGACUCUUUCAAUUUCGCAAUAUUUUGUGGUUAUUGCAUAUUGCAUUAUUGUACACAUACAGUUGUUGCAGCUGUUUACAGCCAUUUCACAACUAUUAAAUUAGGUUUAUUUUCCAAAG